ACAGCUUCCCCUCCACUCGGACUCUCUGGCAUACAGUUACCUCUCUGUUUACAAUCCUGGAGUGGGUCGUGCAGAGAUUUACCAGCAGCUGGUUUUACCCUUUGGGUCGCGCGCAUCAGUUCAUUCUUUUGUACGUGUAGCAUCAGCAAUUUGGAGGAUCGGUGUGGUAUCUCUCAUGUUGCACUGGAUAUUUCGAUGACUACAUUGUGUUUGAACGACCAGUUCUGGCCAGGCACUCGGACAUGUGUGUGACCGUGCUCUUCGCAGCUCUCGGGUGGGAUGUUGCACAAGACAAAGAUGACAGUUUUUCCGAACUGGGGAAAGUUCUGGGCUUGGAAAUCGACCUGAGUGAAUACAGACUGGGACUGGUGCGCUUCCAGAACACUGAGAGUCGGCGGUCCGAGCUCUAUGAGGACAUCAAAGCUCAUCUGACGAAGGGAACUUUGAACCCCAAGGAGGGAGCGAGUUUGAGAGGGCGAAUGCUAUUUGCCGAAAAUCAGCUCUUCGGGAGGCGAUGUUUGGCUCCAUGAGGACGCUUUCUUUCCACCUUCGUACUGGGAAGCCGCGUUUGGCCACAGAUACAUCUCAUGCUCUGGAGUUCUUGAUGGAUCAUUUCCUGAAUGGUCGCCCGCGUGAAAUAAGUUGCGCAUUGAACGAAGUUCUGCACUUGUAUGUGGAUGCAGCCUACGAACCUGGAAACAUGAAACCUGGAGGCCUGGGUGGGGUCCUGGUUGAUCCAAAGACGACCAAUGUGCAGCAACAUUUUUCUUUGAUGCUCACAGCAGCAGAAGUUUGCGCAGUGACCACAGAGGGAAGCAAGAACCCCAUUUUUGAGCUUGAAUGCCUAGCCAUGCUUGUGGGUGUUAAGGUCUGGGCUAAUCAUCUCAGACACAAACAUGUCAUCCUUUUCACGGACAACAACGGCUCUCUGGGAGCCAUGAUUUCGGGUGUCAGCCGAAACUCUACAGGUGCCGACAUAGUGCAUUGCUUUGACGCUUUUGUGGACAGUUUGGGGUGCAUCGUCUGGUUUGAAAGAGUCAACACGGCUUCGAACCCAGCGGAUGAACCCUCGCGAAAUACUUCGUGCAGCGGCCUUGGAGAAGCAGUUUCCAUCGACUUGAGAGAUCUGAGCCACAUGCUGUCAGAGUUCAGGAGCAGGGGGUGAUUCGUGAGGCAUGUGCCUCAGAACAGUACCUUGACGCGAAGCGCGGGGUGACUUGAACAAUCCCCCAUGCAUCCGGUGGAAAAAGAUCUUAGUGUGAUGCGCUGAGUCCACACAUUUGAUUUUUAUUCUGUAUGCAAAGCUUCGCUGUGCGCCGA